GAGAACGCUCUCGAAACUUUACCACAAUCUCACUGAAAUGAGAGCUCAACGUUAUUCGUCUCGUUUCUCUCAACAAGCUGCACACUCGACGCGGACUUGAACUCAAGCAGUGCAGUCAACCUUAAAUACGACAAUGUCAGACUUCGUCCUGCGAGAAGCACCUUCCGAAACGUCACCUCGCGUGAAGCCACAACCGAAAUCUGGUUCUUCUGCAAUCCCCGUUCCUUUCGAAUACACUCCAAGUGACGAUGGCACGGACGAGAACUUGCUUAUUCUUCUUCAUGGACUUGGUGAUACUCAUGCGCCCUUCGCGAAGCUUGGUCGCCAAUUGAAGCUACCACAGACAGCGACCUUGGCGUUAAGAGCGCCAGAGCAGAUUCCACUUCUAUACGAACAAGCCUUCCAAUGGUAUACUUCCUUCGAUCCUCUAGGCGAACUCAUCGAUAGGCCCAAUCCCACUCCAGCUCUGGAACUCCUAUCUAAAGUAGUCAAGCAUCUUACGGAAGAUUGCAAAUGGCCUCCGCAGCGCAUACAUUUCUUCGGGUUUUCACAAGGUGGAACUGUCGCAGCGGAGUUUGGCUUGAAGUGGUGGAAGGAGGAGUGGGGGAAGCGAGUCAGGUGGGAGAAGGAGAGGGACACACAGCAGACGAAGGGAAGCCAGAAUACGGAGCCAGAAUAUACCCCUAGGACUCUGGGGUCUAUUGUCACCGUAUCAGGCCCUCUGAUCUCUUAUCCUACACUCACGCAGCCAUGCACAACACCACUAUUUCUAGUGCACCGUCCCGCACCUUCACCGGAGGCCUUACCAUCCAGUGCAAUCGCCGCUUUCAAGAAGGGGUAUGGCCACUUUGUCGAGGUGAAGCUGAGUGCUAGAGGCCAGGGUAUGCCGUCAGGGAAAGAAGAGAUGGAGCCGGUCAUGAAGUUUUGGAGUGAACGUCUGAGUCGGAGACAGGUUGAGGGGCUGUACGAGGUCGUGAGUGGUGCAGCACCGAUAUGACUAGCAGCCAAGGAGUCUUCUAUGCGGUAUGGUUCAACUGUUAUAUGUUAUCUCAUUCGUCGAGUCCCUUCUGCGUUAAUGGCAAGCAUUCAUUGAAUUCCGUAGCUGGAAAUUGGAACAAGGGCAACUCACGGAUGGCUGAGAAUACGUGUGCUCUACGAACCUACCAUAGGUAUUCCGUUACC